GGCAUAUUUGUUUACCUUUGUUUAAUUCGUUUUUGUUUGCUAUUGAAUGCGGCUAUAGAGUUAAAUUUGGGAUAUCUGUCACUAUAUCGGAUGCAUUAACCUCAAGCUCCUGUGAUCUUCCGAAAUGAGCGACCAUCAAACGACGGACCGGAGUAAGCCCAAAACAAACGAUUCAUCCCAUAGAGAUCCCGAUCCAGAACUCGAGCUGGAUGUGACCAGUGACAAAUUCAAUCCCCUAAGAGCUUUGUACGCGCCCAACUAUAAGAUAACGGAUGCUGUUCCCAAGGUUCUCUACCAGAAUCUGGCCGCCUUCGAGAGUGCCCUUAAGAAGUUUGGCGUCUGGCAGCUGAACAAGCGCAAGAAAUCCGAAGCUGGAUCAAACCAAAAUGAGCACCAGAAGAAGGAACAGCCCUCUACUUCCACAGCUGCUACUGCAGCAGCUAGCGCAGAGGUCCCUCAGCGCCGCUUCGAGCUGCACCAGAUGCCCACAACCAGCACGUCGAACAAAAAGCACCAACGCAACAUUUUCACCUACAUGGAGACAAGCGCAGGACCACUGGCACUGCUCAAGAAGUGUGUGCCGCUCAAAGCCAGGGACCCCGCGCUCUCCACACAGCUAAUUCGAGUCCGUGUGGUGAUCCGCAAACAAGGAAUGGUGGGCGGCAGCGUGGAAGGUGAACUGCUCGCCUUCGACAAGCAGUGGAAUCUCCUCCUACGAAACGCCACCGAGACUUGGAAGCGCCGAAAAUACAGCUACGGGCAGCAGAACAUCUGUCACGCACCUGUGGAUUGCACAGACCGGCUCAAGGAGCUGGGCAUAACCCUGCCGAGGAUGCAAGUAAGGAGUCUGAACAGAAAAAACGUGGAGAUAACCCGCGAUUUGCCACAGGUCGUAAUUCGCGGUGAAAAUGUCGUUCUUGUUAGUUUAAUAGAUAAGCCAAAAUAA